AUGUCUGUCAUUGAUACAAUUGAUGGAUUUGAUAAAUUAGAAUUUAAUGAUAUACGUGCAUUUGCAGCAGCGUCAGCAUUAAUUGCAAAAUCUAUUGAACAAUAUAAUAAUGAUCCAUCAACGGCUAUCAAUGGACUGAAAUUAUUAUAUGAAAAUGAAUCAGCAGAAAUAACACUUCAACAAAAAGAAAUUGAACGUGAAUGGCUUGAAAAUAAUAAUGAAAUAAUACCAUUUACAACAAUAUUGGAUUCUUGUCUUGGUUCAUCAGAUCGUCCUAAAAUCAUCGAACAAUCACUUUAUCUUCCAUUUCGUACUGAUCAACCUAUGGAAUAUGAACCAAUACAAUGGCAAGCCGAUUCAUCAUCAACAUCACGUUUCAUUGUACAACCACCAUCACCAAAUCGAAUAUUACAACCUCGUAAUGAACCAAAUAAUAAUACACCUGUUAUUCUUAUUGAUGAUAAUGAUGAUCAAAAUUAUGUUGAUGCAAAUGGUGAUGAAGAAAAUGAAGCACCAAAAAUAACGAAGAAAAAAGGUAAAAAGAAAAAACAACAACCAAAAGUUAUUGAGGAUAAUAAUGAUACAUCAAUACAAUUAAAUACUUCAUCAAAUCGAACAUCAACUAAUGGUCAAAAACUUCCACAAAAAUUAUCAUCAAAAUGGUCAGCUGGUAAACGUAUAUCUGGUUUUGGAACUGGUAAAACAAGUGCGAUUCGCAAAUUUGCACGUCCAUCAAAUGAUCGUCAACAACGUCCUGAUUCUCGUACAUUAUUUCGUAAUAAACCAUCAGUUACAGGUAAUACAUCACGUCUAAGUCAAGAACAACGUGAUCAAUUAGCACGUGCUGUUGAAGAACGUAAACAAGAAGAACGUAAACGUAAAGUUGAAAAAUUACAUGAACAAGCAAAAAAACGUGAAGAAGUUCUUAAUCGUGCUAAAUUAAUUCAACAAGAUAAAGAACAAAAAAAUCAAUUACGUGUUUCAGAUAAUCAAGGAAAAAUAGCAGCAGGUGCAGCAAAUAAUAAAAAAUUACAAGGAAAUACUUUUAAUAAUUCCACAACAUUUAAUAAUUCAAUGAAUGAAUCAACAAAUCUUCC